CUUUUCACUCUGUUAGGAGAUAGUUCUGGUGGUGUUUUUUGGUGCUGAGUACCUGGUCCGGCUCUGGUCUGCAGGCUGCAGGAGUAAAUAUGUUGGCUUCCAGGGAAGGAUCCGGUUUGCCAGGAAGCCAAUAUCCAUCAUUGAUCUGAUUGUGGUAGUAGCCUCAAUUAUUGUUCUGAGCAUAGGAUCUAAUGGGCAGGUGUUUGCCACCUCUGCAAUAAGGGGGAUUCGCUUUCUCCAGAUCCUUCGGAUGCUCCACGUUGACCGCCAGGGAGGUACCUGGAGACUCCUGGGGUCAGUGGUUUUCAUCCAUCGACAGGAACUCGUAACCACGCUGUACAUUGGAUUCUUGGGAUUAAUUUUUUCAUCCUACUUUGUUUAUCUUGCUGAGAAGGAUGCAGUUGAUGAGGAUGGAAAGACAGGUUUCUCCAGCUAUGCUGAUGCCCUUUGGUGGGGUGUGGUAACAGUCACAACAAUUGGCUAUGGAGACAAAGUUCCCCAGACGUGGAUUGGGAAGACAAUAGCUUCCUGCUUCUCAGUGUUUGCCAUCUCCUUCUUUGCCCUGCCAGCUGGUAUUCUGGGGUCUGGUUUUGCCCUGAAAGUACAGCAGAAGCAACGUCAGAAGCAUUUCAACAGACAAAUCCCAGCUGCAGCUUCCCUAAUUCAGACCCUGUGGCGCUGCUAUGCAGCAGAGAAAUCCUGCACCUCCACAGCCACCUGGAAGAUCUAUGUGACAGCUCCCGUGCAAAAUCCCAAAAAGUCUCCAGCGCCAUCUAGUCCCGGUCUGAGAAAACAGGCCAGAAGAUACAGAAGAAAAGGGAAGCUGGGCUGUGGGAAUGGCUCUGCACCUGUCAUAAACCCAGGAGAAAAUUCCUUGUCUGUUCCCCAGAUCACUUAUGAUCACAUUGAUGAGCAAGAGGACAAAAAAGAUGUGUCCUUCUACAUUGGUGAACCCAAAGUGAGAAGACGCUUGGAAGGGCCCACCCCAGACAUGUCACGGGCCAGCAGCUUCACUGACGACAUUGACCUGGUACCCGAGGAGUCCCCGCUGCCAGCAGCGUCCGACGUGGCACAACUGACUGAAGCACACAGAACAGCUGUGAAAGUCAUCAGGAGGAUGCAGUAUUUUGUGGCCAGAAGGAAAUUUCAGCAAGCUCGGAAGCCGUACGACGUCCGUGACGUGAUUGAGCAGUACUCCCAAGGACACCUCAACAUGAUGGUUCGCAUAAAGGAACUUCAAAGGAGGUUGGAUCAAUCCUUGGGAAAGCCAGGUCUUUUUCUCCCAGAAAAAGGGGUAGACAAAGGAUACUACAGUAUAGGAGCCAGACUGAUCCGGCUGGAGGAUAAGGUCAUGCAGAUGGACCAGAAGCUGGAUGACAUCCUGAGCACACUCCAGGCUCAGCUGGGGGAUCAGCCCCAGGCACAGAUGCCAGGGCAGCCACCCCACCUGUCAGACAUCCCCAGACACCCACAGGGUCCCCCCCAGUGACCCUGCAAAUGUGAAAGCCAGUGGACAGCCACACGUGACCCUCCUGCUCUUCCACGUCCGGGUAUCUCUCAGUCUCGGUGUCCUCAUCUGUGUCAUGGCUGAAAUGAAAUAUUGUGCAGUAGUAGAUUAAUGAGGAAAAAAAAAACAGGGAAAAAAAAAAAAAAAAGAGAAGAAACGGCAAGAAGCCAGUCACAACCUUAGGAGAGCACAUAAGUUCUGCACCUGUUUUAUUUUAUUUUAGCUGAAGUCUGCCAGCCAGCAGCAGCCCAGCUCCCAUCCCCCAGCCCCAGUCGGGCUGAGCACACAGGCACAGGGCACGCUGUCAAGGGAAGCAUCCCAGCCAGGGUUAGGAUGACCCAUUUGUGGGCACGGAAGGGGAAAAGAACUGUUCUUUUGGCAUUUAAUCACUAAGUUUAAUGCUCACAGCAUGCCCGAAAGGGGGAAAGGAGCCAGCAUUUGAACAUGAAACAAAUGGAAAUCAGUGAACAGGAAAAUUAAACAGCAUGUUUUGACUUCUACCAAGCAGUGAGGAUCAUAAGAAGGGCAGAUUUAUAUGCUAGUGCGAAUGACAAAGUAAAGACAACAGGCUACUGAUUAAAAAUAUGGAAGUGUACACAGGCUGGUUGACAUAUGAAAGGCUGAAGCAGAGACUUCAGCUAAUUAAAGCAAAGGGCUGCCAGUGAGAUGAGAUGCAUGUUGGAACAGACAGGCAGGAGAGAUAGGAUCUGCGUAGGCUUACUUCACCAGAACACUGUAAUAGUUAUCAGCUACGCUGAUGACUGUUAUGCAAAAUGUUCUCAAGCUCUUACCUUCAUUCAGCAGAGGUUGUUGACUCCAGUUGCCUUAAUUUUAACAUAAGGAACCUGUAUGGUAAUUGGCUAUGAGCUAUCUGUGAAGCUGGGUUAAAGCCACGGAGUAGCAGGGUGCUGCAGGAGGGCUGCAGCUGUGAUUGAGAGCAGCAGCGUUCCUUAAAGAAAACAGAAAUGCACGCACUGUUGAUGGAAGUUAAUGGCUGUUUAAAUAAACUGCUGUAUAUAAUUUUAAAUGCUAGAUUUAUUUUUUGCCUUGUAAUCUGGCUGUAAAUCGAGUGCACAUGCUGGCUGACGUGCUCUUGUUGAGGAACACCUCAGGUGCAGGUAGCUGGGCUGGCAAGCUGCGGAUGGAAAUGCAGGCUGAGAUGCAGAUGUAAAUGCAGGCUGAAGUACAGGCUGAGCUCUGGGUGGGAGCCCAGGACAAGAGGAUGAACCUCUGACCUUUGGGGUGACAAAGAGCACAAAGGCAGGUGACAGCCAGCCAGGUGAAUGGACACUGAGACACAGCAGCAGCUGGGAAUUGCCGAGCUUUUGGACAACAAGGGAGAUGGGAACAAGUGAUGGCAGCGAGGUGGAUGGACACGGAGAUGGGGACUGGCCACGGGGAGACUGUGAUGGGAUAAAAUCCCAGGGACUCCUUUGCUGGGAUCUCUCCUUGGAGGCAGCAGCUUGGGCUGUUUCUGUGUCACUGCCCCAGGAACAAGUGGCUUCAUGGAAUGAGACAUCUGGGACUCUGCCACCUCUGCCAUGGCAAAGCUGGUGCGAAGUGUGUGGAGUGUGUGGGGAGCCAGGCCAAGGAAGGGCCUUCAGUCCCAGAAAGUCUCUGACCUUGGGAGUGGCACUGCCAGAGAGUCCCAGAGGGAAUGGUCUGACUGGGGAGUUUCCUUAACAUUGCCACCAUGAAAUGGAUCUUACCUGGCACUUCAGAAAAUGGACAAUGCAGCACUGCUGCUACAGACCUAAAUAAUAAACCAAGCUAAAAUGGGUGCAGUGUUACUUACUCAAGUUCUUUUUAAUAUAUUUGCAUAACCAACAAUUUGAAUGAGCAGAAGACUGCAGAGCAAAAAGACCUGAUUCCUGGGAAAUCCUAAAUAUAUUCUAUUCCCACUCAUAUCCGUGAAAGCCAAGCCUACAUUGCAUUUAAAAGCAACCUGAAAGACUGGUCCCUUAAUAAGCAUUUAUUUGGACAAAUGAGUGGUCCAUUUCAAUGUAAUCAAAUUAGUUUCUAACUAUUACCUGUCCCUUUAAAACUCUUUCCCAGGUUUGUGUGUCUGGGAAUUCAAGCUUGGAAAGAGCACAAUGAGACUGAUUCCAAUCUUUAGAUUGCAGGCGCGUCUUAGACAGAAUAUUAAUGAUGUGUGAGAGGCAAUAAAAAAGAAAAAAAAAAAAGAAACAA